CGUGACAUUUAUGGGGAGACUAGUGUUGCUAAUCGGCUCACAAAGUUCUGCCUAGGAAGUUCAGGUGACCCCACAGAACAAACUCGCGGCAUUAGAAGACGGGGGUGAAACAGACGCUUGUCUUUCACACCCUUCCACUAUCACCAUGGCUGGUGGUUAUGAAAUUCUGAAGAGUGGAGAUGAUAGUGAAGUCCAGUCACCGAAGUCGUAUCGCACUACUCGUCGUGUCGUCAUUGGUCUUGUCGCGUGUCUGGCGUUGGUAACACUUUCUUUUCUGCGUGUUCAUCCUCCCUUAUCAGUAGAUCUGGGAGCACAAGAUACUCAUGACGGGGACUCCGUGAAGGCCUGUGCUUCACCUGCACCCCCUGUUGCCCGUCCCCCAGCCCCGAUCAACCCAUGGGCUUCUCUCACCAUCGAGCAGACCGUUCAGAUCCAGAGGUGGUUGGAGGAGCCUGCCCGGGCCCUUAACCUGACGCGCGGGGUUAUAUCGAAGCCUUCGGACAACCACAUUUUCCUGAUAGAAGCAUACUACCCGCCUAAGGCCAGCGUCCUUAGUUACUUCUCGUCGUUGUCCUCGUCGGACAUCCCCGAAAAGUAUGCACGGGUCACAAUUCACCACGGUUCUGCACUGGAGCCUGUCGUAAAGGAUUAUCUUGUUGGCCCGCUUCCUAUUGGGCCGUCCACUCGUAUGCGGCAUUUGACGGAGAUAUACCAUCUUGACGCCAUUCCGCACAAUGCACGUGGCUUCGAUACCCGUGACUGGACUACCCCAGAAAUUUUUGAGAAGAUGGCGGCUCCCUUGAUGGAAGCAUAUGAGGAACUUCUGGGAGGCACGCCCCAGGAUACUCUUACGACGGCCGGCAGUGGACCCUUCAGCUUUGACGGUUCAUUCAGACGUCUGUGGCUUACCUGGCGGCGCAACACUCCCGGCUUCUUCUUACACCCGCUCAACUUAUAUCAGUACAUUGACCUUAGUGGUACUGAUCCCUCGCAAUGGGACCAGCUGAAGAUCGUGUACAAUCACCAAGUCUUUAACUCCCCGGAAUCCUUCAUGGAAGCAUUCCAUAAUGGCAGCCUCAAACGCGUCCCCGUUGUCGACCCUGACACCGAUUUGUCGUACAGUACUCGUAAGCGUAUCGGAGCCCAACGCGAUCUCGACCACCUUCCUGGACCCCGUUCGGUGUCAUUUGCAGGUCUGAGAUUCAGAGUGGAUCGUGAUCUUCAGUAUGUUAGCUGGAUGGGCUGGGGCAUGUACCUUGGUUUCGACAGAGACAUGGGCUUGAGCUUGUGGGACAUUAGGUUCCGCGGGGAGCGGAUUGUUUAUGAGCUCAAGCCCCAGGAAGCCCUUGCACAGUAUGCGGGUAACGAUCCAUUUCAGGCAACGACUGCUUGGCUCGAUCGCUACUUCGGCAUGGGACAAUCCGUCCGUGACAUGUUGCCGGGUUAUGACUGUCCACAUGAAGCUGUAUAUUUGCCGGCGACCACGUACUCAGUGAACGGAAUAAGCACACAACAGCGUGCAAUUUGUAUCUUCGAGCAUGAUAGCGGUCGACCUCUUACGAGACAUCUUGGUUUCGAAGAAAAUGAGUUCGGCGCAGUGAAGGGCUAUGAGCUCGUGAUUAGAAGUAUCGCUACGGUUGGAAAGUACUUUGACUAUAUCUUCCAUCUUGACGGGACUAUCGAGGUCCGUGUCUCUGCCUCCGGGUAUUUGCAGGCUGGUUUCUACGAUGAAACACAAGGGCAAUACGGCAACCGAAUCUGGGAGACCAGCAUGGGUAGUCUGCACGACCACGUUAUCAACUACAAGGUCGACCUUGAUGUGGCGGGAACAGCAAACUCGUUGUUGAAGACCACCUUGAGUCAAGAAGUUAUCACCCAGCCUUGGUACGAGGAUGACUGGGGAGAUGAAGUUAUCCAGCAGGUGGUCACACGAGAGUAUAUCGAGGACGAGAACGAUGCCUUGUUGAAAUUCCCGACGAAUUUCCAGGGCGGCUAUUCAAUAGUCAAUCAAGAGGAGACAAACAAGUGGGGAACCUCGAGAGGAUACUCUAUCCAUCCAGGUUAUUCUCCUAUUCACAACACAGUCGUUGGUUCUAAGCGGCUCAUGAAGAACGUGAACUGGGCGCGAUACAAUCUGGCUGUCUCCCGUCGCAAAGAGACAGAGCCGUCCUCGAGUAGCAUGUGGAACUUUAACUUGCCAGGAGGCCCUCCUGUCGACUUCCACAAGUUCUUUGAUGGAGAGAAUAUCACACAAGAAGAUCUGGUUGCCUGGGUCAACCUUGGCAUGCAUCAUCUUCCCCAAUCGGAAGACGCGCCUAACACGCGAACGAACACGGCGACGUCAAGCUUCUUCCUGACGCCCCUCAACUACUUCGAUCACGAUGUAUCUAUUGAGUCCACCAAUGCUGUCCUCCUGAAGAACCCAGAAAAGCCUGGCGACCCAUUCACAUAUGAUGACUAUGGCGUUCAGCCCGCCCACUGCCUACCGGAACACCCGUCGCCCUUCGAGUACCAUCCAGCGAAGAUGUUCGACCUGGAUGGGAAGCCUGCACCUGCUUCUUCGAUUGAAGACAUGCGCAAGGCCUCAGAGUUAUACCACCGGAUCAAGCUUGAGUUGUAAAGCGAUAAAGCCUUAUCAGAGAUAGGAGGGUGGUGUAGUGACAGGUGCUAACUAUGUGACUCCUUUGCAACAUGUGUAUCAUUUUAUCCACGGAGCUAUUAACAGAAGGAGGUUGAACUCAGU